AUGUCGGAGAAUAGCUUCAACUCAAAGUAUUUGGACGAUGACGAUGAGGACGAUGCGAUUGCUGCCUCUGAGGGCAAAGUUUCGAGCCAGGUGGCCAAGCGCAUCUGGCAGCCAACCAUCGAUGAUACUACCCCUGGGGUCUGGGAGCCGCCCGCUCUAGCGGUGAGCGGGACCGCCUCGGACUUUAUACACGAAGUGAUGCGCUCUCUCUACGGCGACAACAGCAAGGAUCCGGAGAACGGCUCCGCCCAGUACUUCAAGGCGGCCGAGAAUUAUGCGCUGUUUGGCGCCAACUACAUGGGCUUGGAGGAGGACAAGAACAAAAAACCGCCGCCGGGCUUCGACCAAAGCUCCAGUCAGAUUGCGGCUGGAUCGGCCGGAGUAUCCGGCCAAAGCUACUCGGGGCAUUUCUGGUCAAAAGACCAGUCCAACGCCUUCCUCUUCGAGGAGGACGUGCGGCAGCUGGCUGUCGGCUGGACCCACAAUGCGGCGCUGCUCCGCAACAACGAGAUCCUCAUGUGGGGCCGCAACUGCUACGGACAGCUGGGCACGGGCUCGAUCAGCGAGCAGCAGGCGGUGCCCCAGCCACUGAGCCUCCGACUGCCCGACGGCCAGACGCCUGCUCGCGUGCACAUGGGGGCAGAGCACGGCCUGCUGCGGACUACAGCCGGCGAGAUCUACACCUGGGGCUGGAACGAGCACGGAAACUGUGGCAACAACAGUACAGAGAAUGUAUGCAGCCCUACACUCGUGGAAAUCCCGGGACGCGUGAAGUUGGCCGGAGCUGGCUCGGGCUUCUGUUACGCCAUUUCCGAGUCGUCUGUUAAUUAAUUUUAUAAUAAAUGUUAAAAAUGCUUAAAAAUACUAAACGGAAUAUCGAAAUUAAGGUAUUUGAUGUCGGAUCAUGAGCAAAAUUGUACGAAUAAUCAAACCCAAGCAGUUGGCGCUCUUUCUUCCAUCGAUAGUUGAAGAAACAUCGAUGUAUCGAUAGUAACAAUGAAGUUUUUCAACCUUCAGUAGCUUUACUUGAACUCCGCGGAAUUUUCGUUGCAAAUACUAUUUGCCAUUUUUACAGUGAAAAUAAAGUGCUUUGUUUUUCAAAAACUUAA